CUGAACGACGCAGUCCACCGAGUCGGUGAGGAAAGCUCUCCAGACUCCGUAAGCGUAUGAGACGGCAGACAACAAGUCAGUCACCGAAAGUCAGGCAGCAACAAGUCAAGGCAUGUUCCAACAGGCCACCAGCAGCUGAACCGUGGGCAUGGAGCCUAGACCACAGAGGGAGGAGCAGAGCAUCAGGGAAGUGGGGAAGCCCAGAUAGCCUCAGCCGGCUGCAGCUCUCGGAGCGCUGUCGCACAUCCUCCACAGCGGCUUGUGUCAUCUGGAGGAGAGCGUUGACUCCUGGCCUACAUUCACCACUGCUGCUUGUUACCGUCACAACCAGGUCCGGCACAAAGAGAGACGCAAACCGGAAAUCACCCUCAUGAACAGGCCGUCUGGCUGCAGAUUCGCGGGGAGGUCCUAAUCUGCUGAAGCAGCUGGGAGCAUUUGACCACGUGACGCGAGUGAUGUUUGAGCAGUCAUCACCAUUCACCUAAUUCAUGUCGGGCUCUAACGGUAAAAAGGUGGAACGACCAGGCAAAGGGAAACCACGAUGAAGUAGAGUGAAACACUGAAGCGGAACCCUGGUCUCUACUUCACCUCCUCAUCUACCAGGUAGGCCUUAAAACUUCCCUCAUCUUACUUUGGUGACCUGCGUCAAACGCUGGCAGAUCAACUUGCAUCUCAGGCUGUUGGAGCACGGUGGAGAAGGAAGGUCUGAGGCUCACCACUCCCCCCAGUUGUCUUUGAGGAGGGGGGAGGAAUAGGAGGUGGGGCAGGAGGAGCUCUACAACCACCUGGAGCAUGGGGCAGAAAGUCCCAGGUGGCAUUAAAACCAUUGACAUGCGGGACCCGGCGUUCAGCCCCCUGACUUUGGAGCUACAGGCCCUGAGUCACACCAAGCCGUCUCGACUGGACCUGCUGCUGGACAUGCCGCCCGCCGGCCCAGAUGUCCAGAUCCAAAACUCAUGGAACAACAAUGACCGGUCCCUCAAUGUCUUUGUCAAGGAUGACAACAAGCUGGUGUUUCAUAGGCACCCUGUGGCACAGAGCACGGACGCCAUCCGGGGACGCGUUGGCUACACGAGGGGACUGCACGUGUGGGAGAUCAACUGGGCGAUGCGUCAGAGGGGCACGCACGCGGUGGUUGGAGUGGCAACAAGUGACGCCCCGCUGCACUCUGUGGGUUACACAGCUUUGGUAGGAAGCAACGCAGAGUCCUGGGGCUGGGACCUGUGCCGGAGUAAACUCUACCACGACGGUAAAAAUGUGCCAGGAAAGCCAUACCCAGCCUUCCUCGAGCCAGAAGACGCCUUCAUCAUACCAGACUCCUUCUUAGUGGUCUUGGACAUGGAUGAGGGGACUCUUGGUUACUUAGUGGAUGGACAUUAUCUCGGUGUGGCAUUUAAAGGACUGAAAGGCAAAAAGCUGUACCCAGUGGUGAGCGCCGUGUGGGGACACUGUGAAAUACGAAUCCGGUACAUAAAUGGACUCGAUCCUGAGCCCCUCUCACUGAUGGACCUGAGCAGGCGCUCUGUGAGGGUGGCUUUAGGGAGAGAGCGCCUGGGUGAAAUCCAUAGACUACCCCUCCCAGCCUCACUCAAGAACUACCUGCUCUACCAAUGAUGACGACGCUGACGCUCACAACACACUGGCAGUCCUUUGUUUCCGCCUCAUCUUUCUCUGGGAUCGUCGUGGGUUUGACCCGUUUGGCAGCAUUACUCAAGCUUCCAGGCGUGAUUCUGCAAGUACACUUCUCCGUCAGCAGCUAGACUUCUUUAAAGGUUCUUAUUCUGUUUUUAUGACUCUUUGAAAUUCUCUAACUUUGGGGGGAAAAAAUCAGGAAUCACUAAGCACUAUGCACACACCGACCCAGUUGAUGCCCAGACAGUCGCCGUGUUGGUGAACCACCUCCAGUUUGCAGGUUAAUAAGCGCUCGAUGCCUCUGCUGUAACCUCCAGACUUCUCAUUUAUGCAUUCCUGUCUUGUAGCCUUUGAAAAAUAAGAUAUUGAAUGAGACGAUACUGAUGUGUAAGCUGAACUUGGAAUGUUGACACAGUAGUUGCACUGUUGUUAUCAGACCACAAGGUGGCAGCAACCUCAAGUCAACAGUGCAUCACCUCAAAUUGAGCACUGUCAUAAGAUCCUGAUUUGUUUUUUAAAAAAUGUUUUUAAAUAAAUUCUAUUCACUGUUAACACAAUGCAACAAAAUGCUGACCAUUUUAGAGAGAACCUCUUAGUGCAGCGUGGAUGAAUGCACUGACCACUUGCUGCACUUGGGUUUCUCUGUGAGGUGGAAGUGUCCCUUCAGCUGCCAUCUGGAAGGAAUGACAUUGGUGUUCUUUUACAUAAAGAUGUACUCACUGUGAUUAUUAACAUGCAUUUGCAGGAAACUCUAAAAAAAACUACAUUUUUUAUAAUUUCUAUCCAGUUAUUAUUUUUUUAAAGUACAAUAGUUUUCAACCACACGCUGUUGAGGUUCAAGAGCGUUUUUAAACUCUGGGUCCCCCCACCAGUUAGAUACUGGUUUGCACAUAUUAAACUAGAGAAUAAGGGGAAAGCCGGUGAUGGCUGACUCUCGGGGCUCAUUGGCAGACAAGUGAGAACUGUUUGUGUUCAUGAUUAUUCAUGGAAUGAGUUGCUGAGCUUUGGUUUUAUAGCACCAUAUUGACACAAAAUGACAAUCUACAAAGUGCUGCACAAAUAUACUCCGAAGAAAUCCAGACUGCCAACAUUUUGUCACCCGCUGUUUCCUGAGCCUGUCUAGAAUAUUUUAAAUGUGCACAAGUGGUGCAUGUUCAACGCUUAGUUGAAUGUGGGCACUUUGUGCUACACUUGUUUUUUUUUUCUUUUCUUUGCUUGCAGCUUCCAUUUGAUUUGUAUUCCUUGUUGUAGAUUUGUUUCCAAGUAUCUAUUAAAGAUUAAUUGUUUCAAAUUA